AUGGGUUGUGGUUCUUCACAUGAUUACCACUACACAGUUAUGCAGUCAUGGGACGAAGUAUCCAAGUCAGUCACAGUGAAAAAGAGAUCAGUCAAAGAAAAUCCAGUCAUAAAACGAUCCGGGUGGAAAACAGUCAGAAUCUUUGUAUCUUCCACUUUCCGUGAUUUCUAUGCAGAAAGAGAAAUAUUGAUUAAACAGGUUUUUCCAGAUCUUAAGGCAUGGUGUGAAAAAAGAAGAUUGCAUCUCGUAGAAUGUGAUCUCAGAUGGGGAGUUCCUAAAGACACCACAACAGAGGAAACCUUGAGGAUAUGUCUUGGUGAAAUAGACCGAUGUUAUGCUGAUAAUAUUAUGCCCUUUUUCCUCAAUUUAACUGGUGAGAGAUGUGGUUGGAUUCCUACUAAUUUUGAAGUACCUCGAGCAUUGGUGUCAGAGUACAAAUGGAUACGAGGACUUUCAGUGACAGAAAUGGAAAUCAUGCAUGGAGCUUAUCGCAUUGAUAACCCAAACUCACUGUUCAUGAUCCGUAAGUCAGCAUUUAUACAAAGUGUUCCAGAAGACUACAGAAAGGAUUUCCUAGAUCCAAAUCCUUUAGCAGAACAAAAAUUGAAAAUUCUGAAAGAUAUGUUGAAACAGAGACUUCUUGAUGAUGUCACUGAGCAGCUUAAUAAUGUCACUGAGCAUCUUAGUGAUGUCACUGAGCAGCUUAGUGAUGUCACUGAGCAGCUUAAUAAUGUCACUGAGCAUCUUGAUGUCACUGAGCAGGGAACAAGAGUGAAAUGGUACAACUGUCAGUAUGAUGGUGUAACAGAUGAUGGUAUUGUACGAUUCAAAGGUUUGGAUGGUACAUUUGCUAAUACAGUGUUUAAUUUUUUCAAGACAAGAAUCAAUGAACAGUACCCAUUAGAUGACACUAAACUAGAUUCAUAUCAGCAGUCCAAGGAAGCACACGAGUCAUUUAUGAAGAGUCGUGCACAGAUGGUUCUCGGAAGGGAUGAUAUUCUACAAAAAAUAGAAGACUAUGUCGUUGGGGUUGCUGAACAUAAACCAUUCAUUUUACUAGGGGGUCCUGGUGUUGGUAAAUCAUCUAUUAUGGCUAUGACAGCAGAAGUAGCAUGUGUCAGAGCAGUCAAGAAAGAUAUACCAGGUGGAGGUGAUGCUGGUUGGUAUGUGUUUUAUCAUUUUGUUGGUGCCUUACCCGGAUCAACUGACUUGGAAAAGUGUCUCAAGAGAUUAUUGAGAGAGAUAGAUGCUGUCACAGAGAAUACCAUGCCAACAGAUUUGGAAUCUACAUGUCAGAUGGCGGCUAGUGCUUUGUCUAACGCUAAAACACGACCUACAAUUGUGAUUAUUGAUGCUGUCAAUCAGUUUGAUGAGGAGCAGCAAGCCAGAGUCGUAAGCUGGAUACCUAAGAAGUUAUCUCCACAGAUCCGUGUUAUCUUGUCUAUGAUCAACAACUCUGCUCCUCACAAGAUGCUACAAGCUAGAGAUGCUGAUACAAAGGAAGUGCCGGUUACGCCAUUGGAUAUGGACUCAAGAAUGGAGAUUGUUUCAGCAAUGUUAGGCAGGUACAACAAGAGACUUGACAAAGAACAGAUGAAUAAUCUAUUAGCUAAAGAGUCUUCCCAGAAUCCUUUGUGGUUAGCUGUUGCAUGCGAGGAGCUUCGGGUAUAUGGGGUGUUUGAUAAAAUCAAUGAUAAAAUAAACACAUUAGCUGAUGGUCUAUUAGAUUUAUUGGCUCAAGUUUUGAAGCGAUUUGAGGAGGAGAAUGGUGGUCAGUUGUUGGUGGCUACACUAUGUGUCUUAGAAUGUUCAGCAACAGGAUUGUUAGAAACAGAAUUACUAUAUAUUCUUGGAGAUGAAGAUAACUUGAUGCCUCCAGAUCACAAUGAAGAGGAAAAGGGUGCAAGUGGCAAAGAAUCUGAUGUGGUCAAUCAGUUCAAACAACCCCUAGCACCAUUUAAGUGGGCUACUGUGUACCGAGCACUGAAGCCAUUUUUAAGACCAUUUGGUGACAGUGGAGAAGGCAGACUAGAUUUCUAUCAUAGAUCUUUAAGUAAAGCUGUCAGACAUAUGUAUUUCCUAAAUGAUGAUGAUAAUGAAGAUGAUGAUGACAGCCGAGAUGUCUAUUACUGGUGGCAUAAAAAAUUAGCAGAUUUCUUUGAGUUGAAUAAAAACAUUGACAGAAAGUUGGAGGAAUAUCCUCAUCAUCUGAUCAAGAUCAAAGACACAGAGAGACUAAAAGUGUUUCUGACUAACUGGAAGACAUUCGACAAACUUUAUGAUGAAGAAUUCAGCUCAAAAUUAUUGUUUUUCUGGCGAAUGGCUGGUGGUUAUGAAGAAAUGGUGAAAGGAUCAAAAGCAUGUCUUGAAGAGUUGGAGAAUGACCCUAGCGCUAACAGAGCUUUGCUUGCAUUGAGGACAGCCAGUAUUGCACGGGUUCUUACACAAGCUGGUCAAUAUCAAGUUGCAUUGGAUCUACUCAAGAAAGCUAUGGAUAUAGAAGAGAACGAGUUAGGGGCCCGUCCUGAGAGAAUGGUGGAAUUAUACGAUGUUUGCAGUAAAAAUUAUACUGAU